UGUGUAGUAGUGACUUAGCAUCAAAAACGUCUAACCUCUAACUAUUAGGUUUCAAGUUUGUAUGUCGUUUUAACUCUUUACGUAUAAGCUGUUAUGUAGCCUUAAAAAACUACACAAAAUUCUGAAUCAAUAGAAAUAAGUUGAAUUAGUCGUUUUAACUAGUCUAGAAUACUAAAUUUACUAAUAGGAGCAAAAAAUAAAUGAUCUCUGUCCUAUAAAUGAUUACGUGCAUUUGCAAUUUAUUUGGCAAAACAUAUCAGAAACUGAUGCAUUAAUCAGGAUUUAUAACUUUCUGUUAUAUUUUAUAACUACUUAAUUUUAUUUAAGUAACAUGAUAACUUUCGUCAGUUUUUAUCAAGUACUUAGUCCAUCUGGUCGAAGACUGAAUACGAGAGAAAUGUGUGUCGUUUCUAUUUAAUUUGAAAAUCUUCCGUAUUAUAUACACCCAAGUAUACAAAUAAAAAAUACUACUUUCUCGACGCAAGAAAAGCAGAAUGUCAUUCAUCUUAUUUGGAGUUCACUGAUCUAUAUUCUUUAACAGGGGACUCCAUUAAAUAUGCCUUUAGAUGAUUAUGAACUGAGUACUGUUGAAAAAUUGUUUAAGAUAAUUGAUGAAAUGGUAUUUUGACAAUUUCAAGACUUUAACAUUUUUGAUUCACCACAUUUCUGAUAUAGAUGUUCAUGACUUGGUCUUAACAUAAUAACAACCAGACUAUUAGGCACUCUCGUACGUUCUUCUGUAGACUCUAAUCUUUGAUGAUAACAUUCUAUGGUUUGAAAUGUUAUUGACAGGCAUGAAAAUAAAUAGAUCAAAUUUUAGAACAUGCAGAAAUGAACAGAAUAAUCACUUAUAAUUUUUUUGGGGACAUUAGAUACCCAGAACUCACUCGGAAAAGGUCUUAAUUUUGCAAUUUAUUUUUGAAAGCUUUGAUUUCUGUGUUUUCGCGCCAGAGACGCUUAGUUGACCUACAGCUUACGUUUCCCACUCAGAAAUCCAUGACUAUAAUUGACUGACGGAUUUUUUAGUACUCUAUUUUGUGGCUCUCCCAAGGGCGUUUUAUCACUGUAUAAAUAAGCUUGAGUUGUGUGCUUAGAAACCUCAUAUUUCCUGAGUGCUUGUAGAAUAUAUUCUCUAUACCUUAUCAAGACUUCUUGCCUUAGUUAGCGGGGCAUGGGACAAUCGGAUUAGAAUGGCGUGUCGUGUCACUGCAUCAUUUAUCUGCGCUCCGUUUACCAAGUAAGAUGGACUCGUAAUAGCAUUCAAGCAUAUCGAUUGGCGAGCAUAUCAGACUUGUUCUACAUCACCAUACUUAUCAGGUUUAACAACUCAAACGGUAUAAUCUUAUGACAAAAAGUAUAAUUAUGGUUUACAAACUAUUCUAGCUAAUAAUAACCACUUCUUGAUCAUACUUAUAUGCUUUAUGAGGGAAUUCGGAAUCGACAACAAUGUCCUGAUCACAAUUAAAACGUUCAUUAAGAAUGCUCUGAAGUAUUAGUUUUUGUCUCCCUUGUGAAACAUUCCACCGCAUCCGUUGUUAUAACACAAGCGUGAUAUCAUGUAAACACUGCAUUAUGUAUUGUCUAUUUCUACCAGUUGUAUUAUCAUUGAAAAUUUUGUUUUCCUGGAUAAUGUUCCGUUGAUGGAUGGGCCAAACGAUUGAAUUUACGCGAAUAAUAAUCUUAUAUCCAAUUGGUCAUUUAGUAAACAAAAUUGUAAAUUUUAUUAGCUCUUGUUUAAAAAGAUCAUAUUUCAUUGAAAAACACAUGUCCUUGUGGGUGUGUACAGAUUAGUUAGAUGAUGUAUGGGCCUUCGUAAUUUCAACCAAUCAGAUUAUUAUAUUUGAUCUGCGUUGUUUUAGACAUGCACACCAAGGUCAUACAUCAGUCUAUAAUAACAAUAUGGUUUACACCAAUUACUCACAUUUAACAACGCAUGCUUAGCUUUGUAGGCGAAGUAUGGUAGCGAAGGAUUUCAUUGAGUUCUUCUCUAAAUACAGUUAUGGCAAUCGUGUAGCCGUAGAAGAUUUUGCGGAUCGUCUAAAUUUAUUCACAGUUGUUUUAUUCCUCCUAUCAUGUAUAAUUGUAUCAACAAAACAAUAUUUUAUGAGUUCGAUCUCAUGUUAUAUCCCGGUAAAACCAACGGGUGAUAAUUUUAAUGCUUACCUUACGGAUUAUUGCUGGGUACAUGGCACAAUCCCUUUGAGGCCAGAAGAAAAAUUACCUGAUACUCGUGAACAAUGGGAUGAAUAUGAUCGUUUAAGACGUAUAACUUAUUAUCAAUGGGUCCCAUUUGUUCUUGGUUUACAAUGCAUAUUCUUCUACAUUCCACAUAUUGCAUGGCAAGCUGUAUGUGCACAUAGAUCCGGUGGAGAUUUGUUUGCUCUUGUAAAAGCUGCGGCAGAUGCAGCAAUAUCUGAACGUGGUUCUCGUAAGAGUCAAGUUAAACGUGUAGCUGAAUUUUUGGAAGACAUGAUUGAUGGUCAUAAAGAUUGUCGACAUGGUCGUCGAAUGAAUUUAACUAGACGUGCCUAUGAUAUGUGUGGAAUAUGUGUAGUUAGUAAACGACUUGGAACAUGUCUUGUAUUUUCAUAUUUCUGUGUUAAACUCAUCACAAUUAUUAAUGCAAUUAUGCAAGUCUAUUUAAUUCAACGUUUUCUUGGCUUCUAUGCUGAUGGAAGUGCUGGACAGAAAAGUAUGCAAUUAGGAAAGUCAUAUGAUGCUAAUUCAGCAGUUGCAGCUAUGUCCAAUCAAGAAAAUGAAGAUUUAGAAGGUUUCGGAUUUGGUUUAACCGUUGCAAAUCAUAUCCGAGCUGGACGUGAUUGGCCUGAGACAAUUCUAUUUCCACGUGUAGCUUAUUGUCGUGUUCCAGGUAUACGUUUGGUCGGUGCUGAAAAUGCUUAUACAGCACAAUGUGCCUUACCGAUAAAUAUGUUGAAUGAGAAAAUUUAUAUAUUUUUCUGGUUUUGGAUUUGUUUCCUUAUUGCUGCAAGUAUAUUUAGUUUAAUAUUAUGGCUAGUAAGAAUGGUAAUUGCACCGAGACGUAAAGAUUUUAUCAAACGUUUCUUGCGUAUCAAGGGUAUACGUUCAAGAAAUGGUCAAGAGAUAACACGUGCUGAUUUAGAUGAAUUCAUUGAUGAUUACCUACGUCGUGAUGGUGUCUUCUUAGUACGUAUGCUAGCUAUCAAUGCUGGUGAUGUAAUUACAUCGGAAAUUGUUAUGGCAUUAUAUGAACAUUACAUAGAUAAUGUUUAUUCAAUGGAUAAUACACCACAGAAAAGUUUAGAGAAAGAACCAUUAAAAGAUGGUUCGGGUAUACCAUCGAAUUAUGUGUAAAAAAAAAUUUUGGUUUGUUAAAAUAAAUCUUUACUCUUUACUCUUUACUCUCUCUCUCUAAUCCAAACAACUAAUGCUCAUCAGAGAGAGAGAGAGAGUGUAGCACAAUAGCAGUAUUACAAAUUAAUAGUAUUUUUAAACGAAACCAAUAACUAAAAAAUAUUGAUUUCAAAUGCCUUACUUUUAUAUAAUGAUUUUUUUUCUAGCUUUUUACUACAAUUGUUAUUAUUAUUCAUUCCUGUUUAGUAAAUAAAUACUGUAAUGGACAAUUUUUUUAAAAAAAAUCUAAACAGUAUGUGUACUUGAUAUGAAACCAAUAUGUUUUAAAAUUUUGUGGCCUAUCGCCUCUUUUUAUGAUAAAUUUUUUGUACUACUACUAAUACUACUACCACCCACAACAACAUUGUACUACUUUUUUACUGCUUUUUAUUAUUAUUAUUACUAUUGUUAUUCUUAAGAUAUUCCAUUCUUUUAUCGUUCGUUCUCGUAUGUGCUUGCCUAUUUUUUUUUAAUUCAACUAACCAUUGUUGAUUGUACUAUGUGAAAAUUGAUUAUGACGCUGAAAAGCAAAAAAAAAUAAAUUUUUUUACACUUUUUUUAUGUGAAAUUCAUCAAAAAAUAAUAAUAAUAAUAAAUGAAUCUGUUCAGGUUUUAUUUAGAUGUUUGGUUGUUUGUUCUUUUAUUUUCGUUUUUCGAAAAAAAAAAGUAAUUGAAGCUGGUGU